AAGAGACAAAAAGUUAUUGAGUGUAAAAAAACAGACACUGUUGUGAAUGCGGAAAAGACGGUUGCAUGGCAAGAUGUGACCAAUGAGUUCAACGCCCACCUCACCCCUGAAGAUGGACCACGGACCCUUGUUCAGCUGAAAGGCAAGUGGAAGCAAAUGAAACGUGAUGUCGGGAAAGUCAUACGACGAGUCUACGAGGAUCUCGCUCCCGCAGGCGGACUGCGUUCCUGAAGUCACAACGGGACGCGAGAGAAGAAGUUUGUGGGUUGCUCGGGACAGCUGGUCUGCUAUUUGGAGGAUCAGGGCGCCCGCGACAGGGAUUCCGAUGUCACUCAGAGUGGAUGCAGAGAUCGAGGCAAGGAAAGCAGGAGAGAUUAAGCCGAAAGGCUUAUAUUUCGUAAGGAUAAAGAUCAAAAAAGGUCUUACUUACAUGGAAGACUUACGGACUAUGCGCCCUUGGUUGAAACUACUCAGACCUAAAGAGUAUGGCCGGCUGAAGAAGGAAGGAGAAUUAAAGCUGGAGAACGAGGAAAGGGGACUGAUGGAGCUUGCUGUGAGUCUGACAAAAGCUGAGUUCAUUCUCUGGUUCAAACUGAGACAGAUAAUGCCAACAAAGCUGGACCACACCCUAUCACCUGCGGCGUCUGUAGCCAGCCUUUUGGACAUUACAGAGGAUGAGCUGGAGAGGCUGGCAGAGGAGCGACAACAGCGAAAAGCGGAGGUGCCCCCAACGGUCGGACAACAGCUGCCACCUUCCUAUGGAGAGGCGGUUACGGGUGCGCCUAAACUCUACCCUGAUUUAAGCAUGGUUGACGACACUGCGGAAAUGGAACACCAGGGGAACCAAAACGGCGAAUCAGCCAAAAAUAAUAGUGCACCUACAGUGCCCUAUCCUGCGGCGGCUCCUCGAACAAGUUUGGCAAGAAGGACACUCUCUGGACUGAGGGUUAUAUACCCUAACGCAGAAGACUACUCCACUUUGGGGAAGCAGGCCACCCCGGAAAUCGUUAGGACCCCCGCCACUCCCCCGGAGAGGAAAGUGGAGACUUUCCACCCCGCUGGGGCGGAUCUCAGGAGGUCUCUGGUAUUGGAAGGAACGGAACUUUAUCUCGCGGUUGACGACGUUGGGGACGCGACACGGCUCUGGAUGCCCUUGUCUUCGGUGUCCAAGCUGAUGAGUCAGCGUUACGGCCUCGAUGGGAGUGCACCGGAGAGAUUAAUAGUUGAGCUAGCAAAGAGGGGUUUUGCAUACGACUAUUCCAACGUAGAUAAUGCAAGAACAGCCUUAAAGCACAUAAUUUUAAUACGGAAAAACAAAAAAAACAGUCUGAGCACGUUAUAUCCUCUACUGAACUCCCGACAAUACAGGAAUCGUCGACAAGCUCAGCAACAUCGGCAAAAGCACCCGGAACCCACCGAUGUUCGUAUUGGCACCGCCUGUCCUUGCUGCUAUCGCGCUCACCUUUAAGGAGUCGUCAACUACGAUUUUUAGAACUUCUGAUCGCUGACUUAUGUCUUAUUGUUAGUGUUUAAUGAAUAUAAUUGCAGUGUAAAUAAUUAUCGACCAAAGAGGAGCUUCUCCGAACCCCCUCCCCUCACCCACUUGUAAUGUUUUAAGUUGCCUCUUGCAACACGAGCCCUUCUUCCCUAACCAGCAUUGCCCUCUCAGCCCUUCCCCAGGGUUUCGCGAUCAAGCCAGCCCCCCAUCGGUCCCCCGCCAGUAUACAACUGAAUAAUUCUUUUAUUCGAGUGAUUUUGCUAUUUACUGCCAUUAAGACUCAGGAGGAUAAUGGUGCCUCCCCUCAGAGUCCAGGAGUGCGCGACCCCUUCCGAGGCCGACGGCCACUGGCUGCAGCGCCCUAUCUGGGCUUCCUGCACUCACGCACUCCAGUGUACAAUUGAAUAAUUCUUUUAUUCGAGUGAUUUUGCUAUUUACUGCCAUUAAGACUCAGGAGGAUAAUGGUGCCUCCCCUCAGAGUCCAGGAGUGCGCGACCCCUUCCGAGGCCGACGGCCACUGGCUGCAGCAGCGCCCUAUCUGGGCUUCCUGCACUCACGCACUCCAGUAUACAAUUGAAUAAUUCUUUUAUUCGAGUGAUUUUGCUA